GCAGCUUAAAGGAACUCUAAACUCCACAUUUAGCUGUAGUGAUCCUGAAAUAUUAGUUAUUAUAAUCUUAAAGAAAAAUGUGCAGAUGUCUGACAAAUUAAAGAAACAUUUAAAUAACCAGCUUGGGUUAUUGAAUGAAUCGAGCUUUGAUCUACAGAGUAGCAUCAGCAGUUUUAUACAACAGGUUACAAAAAAAGCAAUGGAAUAUAUAGACAACACUACUGACACCAAUAUGACAGUGAAAGAUGCGCUUUUUAUGUUAGCUACAGCACAGAGUGUAAUAUUUGAACAUGUGAAUAUGAUGAAUGAAACCACCAAGCUUUACCCUCCCACUGUGAUGACAGGAGACCAGACAACAACAGAGAGUCAAAGUUUUGUCCCAGAAGAUGCUCAAUAUGUUUCUACAGUGCCUAUGUCUGGUGAUACAGAAACAUCAAGAAGACUAAAGGAUAUUGAAACAAUUUUAUCAUCCCUUCAAGAUACCAAACAAAAGACUGAAGAUGACAUAUCAGAAAUAAAACAAUGGAGAGACAACUUUGUAACAGAACAAAGUGAUAUGGGAAUUAAAGUUCAAAACUGUUCUAAAAAACAAAAACAGAAUUUUAAAAACUUAAGAAAACAGUUAAUAGAACAAAAUAACAAAAUAGAAGAGAUGACUCAACAAAUUGAAAAAUUAAAAACAAAAGAAUCAGACACAGACAAAACACUGGAGAAACUGUCUGCAGAUAUGAAAGAAUAUGAAAACAACCUGCACACACUAUAUAAAGAGAUGAGAGUUUACACAGAUAAAACAGAUCAUGUAACACAAGAAAUUAAAAGACAUUCAGAUUUGAUAUCUGCUAUACAAAAAGAUACAACAAAAACAUUUGAUACAUUAUUGUCUAAGCAUGUAGUGAUUUGUAAACUUCUACAACAAAGAUUGAUGCCAAUUCAUAAAAUAAUUGAAACAUAUAAUCAAAACUCUGAGACUAGAGAAGAGAAAAUGAAAAAGAUUGAAACUCUGGAAAAAGAAGUUUUAAAGUUAUCACAGGAUCUUCAAUCAAUUGCCAAUCAACAAGUGAAACCUUCUACACCGGUGUUUAUUGCUUCACAAGGUCGCUGGGACGGGAAAAUGUAUGACAAAGUUAUUACAUUCAGUACUGUAGAACGUAACGUAGGAAACCAUUUUGAUCCAAACACUGGAGUGUUUACCGCCCCUGUUGAUGGCCUGUAUAAAGCAAGUCUUACAAUAAAACAAACAGGAGAUCGUGAUAUAGGGGCGACAAUUUACUACAAAUCUGGUGCAGUGCCGUCACGACUCGGUGCUGUUUGUACAAAGGGCAAAGUAGAAGAUUCAGAGACAUUUGAGGUUCGGAUGAAAACUGGAGAUAUUUUAUAUUCAGCCACUGGCUGGAAGGAUUUGGAAUGUUCACAUUUUUCUUGUUCCCUUCUUGACGUCUAAUUUUCAUACAUCAUAAUAUCUACAGGAAAAAAACAUUGUUUAAGGAGUAAUAAAAGUGUAACUAAUUUUUUUUAUUUGACGGACAAUAUCAGGUUAAAAUCAGUAAAAUCAUGUUAUGUUGUUUGUUCGUCGUUAUACGUAAGGCUAGAAUUUAAUUUUAUUCAACUUUGGUAACAUUUUAUUUAAUAAUAAUCAGAUUGUUAUAGACUUGAUAGUAUAACAUGUUAAUGAAUUAAGGUAUUUUGAUAAAUUUAAAACAGAGUAUUAUGUUUUGGGGUUGAGUAUAUUUACAUGUUAGAAAGAGUAUAAGAUACUUUUUAAAUAAGA